UUUCCAGACCAGUGGAAAAAUAUGUGUAAUUGUAAAUGUCAUCUGUCUAUAUCUCCCAUGUAGUGUCAUACUCCCUCAAGACACUUUCAGUUGGAGAUUAGAGACGGUUCAGAAGUUAAGAGAAGUAUUUUAAUGUUUGCUGAAAUGACACCGGGUUCAAACCACACAGUGACAAUCUCAAGGAAAGGGAUUGAAAGGAAUUGCUGUUUACUUUACAGACAACAGUAUCCCAGAAUUGAAAAGGUGUGCCGCGUUUCACAGUCGAGACCAAAGGAUCAAAAACAGACAAAAUCUCCCUGCAUCAGGACCUAUUUAAAAUUUUGCUUCAAGGAUCGGACGAGGAUGGAGCAAAGGGACACAACAGGGGAUCCUAAUGCAGACGGGACUGAAGUCAGACUCAGGGAGCUGACAUCAAAGUGGUUCAUAGAGACUCAGGUGCCACUCAUGGUCAGCAACGGACUCCUUCCAGCUUGGUUCCUGGGCUUCAUCACAAGACGGGAUGCUGAAGAAAUUCUUAAAGAAAGGGAGCUCGGCUGUUUCCUGAUCCGUCUUAGUGAAAAGGCCAUCGGGUACAUCCUGUCCUAUAGAGGCAGGGAUCGUUGUCGACACUUUGUGAUAAACCAGAAUGAAAUGGGGCAGUUUGUAGUCUAUGGAGACACCGAGGUACACGACACAGUGCCCAGUCUGGUAGAUUACUACAAAACAAGCCCCAUUGAACCAUAUGGAGAGUACCUGACAAAUUCGUGUUUUGAGGCCCUGGAUGAAGACCUAUAUGAUGUUAUCCAGAUUAGCCCCAAAGAAAAACCUGUUGCCGCUGUCAGCGCUGUGAAGAACAGGCAACGAAAACAGAUAAACUCGAGUUUAGAUGAGCAGCCUAAACGGCCACCAAAGGGCAACAGGGCGCACGAGGAAGGUCCGCCGUUGCCCCGAAGGAGCAGGCACCUCGAUAGUGCCACCAUCAACGAGCAUGAGGGGGUUUUGUACGCCCAACUCAGGAAGCAGUCGCCAAGGGUUACACCCAGAGACCAACACAUGCAUCAGGACAGUUUACCCAGACCUAAUUCGAGUUCGACUUCCAAGGAUCAAAUCAAUGGCAGAUGUAGUCCUCCGUCACAUCCAGAAUCCGUUUACUCGGAGCUCAGCAUCCUAGACAGCAAAAGCAGGUCUCUGCCACUCCUGGACAGCAGUUCUGACGGGGAGCAGUCUUACAGACUGAACGCACCUCCCGACACCCCUCCGAGACUUUCCCCCAGGCCAGUCAGACAAGGUAACGGCAGCAGCUCCCAGUCAGAGAGGACAGAUUUGGGCAGCAGACCAAGCAGCAGCCACAGCCUGGACUACUUGAGUGAUAAUGCAGUUUAUCACCUGGCUGGCAGGCCCGGGAGCCCACACACUACGUCCUUUGACACUAGAUUGUCAAUACCAGAGGAGCGCACAGAUUCUGUGUAUGCCGAGGUCCCCGGCGAAGCCCCCGCUGACUUCACAUAUGAGCCGAUUCGCGGCCACAAGGAACCAAUCAACCCUAAAGCCAGCAGCAACACUUACGAGCCUCUGGAGGACAUGAGACGCAAACAGACCAACUCGUCCUGGGGAUUUAAGAACGACAAAUGGAAGUGGCUCUUCCCUGAGAACAAGAAGAAAUGGUAAAGAGGCUACUUUACAGCGUACUGAGGAAAACGUUUACUUGUUUUGAUGAUUUCACACUACUACUACAUAAUACACUCUGGAAAACCACUGUUAUGUAUUAACGAUUUAAUGAGAACUUAUGUAUGGUUUUUUUUAACGUAUUUAUUUAAAAAUAUAACGAUACGUGUGUAGUUUCCUUUCCACGAACAGGUUUUUACAUGUGGUAAA